UAGUGAUUUGCCGUUUCCAGACCGUUACUGCCGCUGUCGGAAAACUACAACUCCCACAAUGCACAGCUUCGAGAACUGUGAGAAGUACAGUUGAAAGAAACAUCAACAGGCACUUUCUCCUCCUUCUGACAGACCACCGCUGAUUUACCGAGACACAUUAUUCCGCUCAUCCUGCUCUGAUGCCACUCUCUCCUGGAACAACAUGUGGUGUCGCAGGCUGGCACGGCUCUAUCCAGGAACCAGGGGGCUGCUCACCAAGGGAGCUAGAGGACCGCUUCGCUGGUCACCCAGAUUCCAUGAGUCUGCUUCAUUAGUGACCCGAUGGCUCAGCACAGCCCCAGAUGUUCAGGAGUGCUCCUGGGUCCUGCACAGAGAUCACUUUGAACUGGUGUACUCUGGCACCUGUAUGCGUUUCGACUACGUCUGGCUGCGUGAUCACUGUCGUUCAGCUUCUUGUUACAAUACCAAAACCAACCAACGCAGUUUGGACACAGCCAGUGUGGAGUUGGACAUCAAACCUGCAACCGUCCGAGUAGAUGAGACCACCCUAUACCUAACAUGGCCAGAUGGCCACAUGACUCGCUAUGGCUUGGACUGGUUGUCACAGAAUAGUUAUGAAGGACAGAAGCAGCAACUUGUGCAGCCUCGGAUAUUAUGGAAUGCGAAGAUCUACCGGGAGGCAGACGUACCAGCAGUCAGCUGCUCAGAGUUCCUAGAGACAGACGAGGGGCUGAGAGAUUUUCUGUAUAACUUCCUGCUGUAUGGUAUUGCCUUUGUUGAUGAUGUUCCAGCCACCCGGGAAGACACAGAGCGAGUGGCGGAGAGAAUCAGCCAUAUACGAGAGACUAUUUAUGGUAAAAUGUGGGAUCUCAAGUCUGACUUCUCGAGAGGAGACACAGCGUAUACUAAACUAGCCCUAGACCGACACACGGAUACCACCUACUUCCAGGAGCCGUGUGGUAUGCAGCUCUUCCAUUGUCUGCGGCAUGACGGCACCGGGGGGCGCACCCUGCUGGUAGAUGGCUUCUAUGCCUCUGAACAAGUCCGUCAGCUUCACAGAGAACAUUUUGACCUGCUCUGCAACGUUCCGAUGAAACAUGAAUACAUUGAGAAUACAGGAAGAAGUCACAAUCACAUGGUGGGGAUCGGGCCGGUAUUAAAUGUUUAUCCAUGGAAUAAAGAGCUUUAUAUGAUUAGGUACAACAACUAUGAUCGCGCUGUAAUCAAUACAGUCCCUUAUGACAUAGUGCGGCGCUGGUAUACUGCGCACCGCACCCUGACCAGCGAGCUCAGGAGGCCGGAGAAUGAGCUGUGGGUGAAACUGAAACCAGGCAAGGUACUGUUUGUUGAUAACUGGAGGGUACUGCAUGGACGGGAGUCCUUUACAGGCUUUAGACAACUUUGCGGAUGCUACCUUACUCGGGAUGAUGUGCUGAACACCGCACGGUUACUGGGCCUGAAAGCCUGAUCAGCAGAAGUUUUCACACCAGUGUACCUCCAGAGCCAUUUAACCAAAGUGUAUGGAUAUCGGAAGGUCAUUUUUCCCGCCACAAUGUGAUGGAUCCUCAGGCUUGUGUCAACACAUUUUAGCAAGAUGCUCGACGCGUUUUCCUCCUUUUGUCUAUAUAGGAACAAUUCAUUCUGCCAUAAACUCUUCAUUUUUAAUCUUUUAUCAUUUUAGUCUUUGAACUAUAAUUGUUCGUCUUUAUCACAUAAGAAAGAUAAAUGUAAUGUACUUUUUACACAGUGUUCUAAUCAUGUGCAUUUGAAAACAGACUAGGCCUCGGAGGACAGUGCUUUUGGUAAAAGUUGCAGAAGCUCAGUUGAUUGCUGCCAAUCUGCAGUUCAGUUGUAAAAUGAAAUAUACAUUUUUUUUGACAUUCGUCUCCAUUCAGGAGAAUAAGCAUAUAUAGUUUUAAUGUUUCAUGUAAUAAAGUGCUUUUAUAGCUACAUCAAAGUCCACUGUCUAUUCUGUUAUGCUCCAUUAAAUGUUUACUUGUCACUCUAGAACUGUUGUAUACAGACCUGGCAACGGGGUGGUGGGGGGGGGCUGGGGGGGGGGGGGGGAACAAAGGUUACAUGGCCCUGAGGUUCAAGGAGCCCAACGAUCAGGGAUGCAAAAACAUGGGGCUACAGUGCCAAUAUUGCUAUUUAAACUGUAUGCUCCAGCGAUAUCAGUGUACCCAGCCCCAAGAUUUCUGUUGCUGACCCUAACCCAGACCCCUAAACAAACCCUAAUGCCUAAACCCUAAAGGGCAGUCUGGAUGGACCAUGUGGUUCUUAUCUGCUGUAAAAUUGUAUGUUUUUAUGUAUAUGGGGGUAAUUCCAAGUUGAUCGCAGCAGGAAUUUUGUUAGCAGUUGGACAAAACCAUGUGCACUGCAGGGGAGGCAGAUAUAACGUGCAGAGAGAGUUAGAUUUGGGUGGGUUAUUUUGUUUCUGUGCAGGGUAAAUACUGGCUGCUUUAUUUUUACACUGCAAAUUAGAUUGCAGAUUGAACACACCACACCCAAAUCUAAAGGUGUGUACACACGGUGAGAUUUUUCCUUAAGAUUUUGACUAUAUAGUCAAAAUCGUAAGAAAAGUUAGUGCAGAUCGCAAGGUGAAAGUCACCUUGCGAUCCCGAUGCGCGGUCCCGCCAGGUCGGCAUCGCAAGAAAAGAUAGGCUGUGCAGGCAAGUCAAUCCUUGCUAGAUCGGUGUCCUAUCUAGUUCAUCUCACAUGUCAAUGACAUCUCACAUAAGCCAAAAUCGUAAGCACACAUAGUCCAUAUCUCAAGAAAAGUUAGUCAAAAUCUGUCCUAUCUGGCCUCUGGGGAGUUCAAGGGAAAUCGCAAGUAAAAAUAGGACAUAGCAAGGAUCUCACCGUGUGUACACACCCUAACUCUCUCUGCACAUGUUAAAUCUGCCUCCCCUGCAGUGCACAUUGGCCCUCAUUCCGAGUUGUUCGCAGCAGUUCAUCGCACCGCAAACGGCAAAAAUUUGCAAACUGCGCAUGCGCGAAAGCAGAAAUGCGCGUGCGCAAAGGGAGCGAUACGACGCUUGUGCAAAAUUACUAACUGAAAAUCAGCUCGUACUACACCACCGAAAACAGGGAGUGACGGAGGCGUGACAGAGGCUCGGCUUCGCUAUCUAAUGAAAUGGGCGUGAAAGUGGGCGGCUAGUGUGGGAGUAGGCAACCGGCAGUAGGCGUGUUUUGUGCAGAAAUGCGUAUCCGAUGGUAAAAUGUACACAAAUGUUCGCUAUCUUGUCGCAGCCGAGGACUAAGUCUGCAGCUACUCAGCACUUGUGAAGUACUGUUACAAGUGUGUCUGCCCUAAUUAGCAAUUAAUUUGCCAAUGAAUUCACCUGUUGACCAAUUACUUGGCAAACACUGCUCUUACAAAAUACUACAAACAGCAAUUGUAUGGCCACAUAACAUUUUUAUUGUUAGCACCUAUAAAUCUGACACACUCACAAAUAAUGCAUUGUAUUUUUUUUUUUAAAUACUUUGAUGUUAAAUGCAUGUUUUAAUUAUUUGUUUAAUACUAUCAAAUGUAAUCAAGUGUGAAUAAACCAACUUAUAAACUACAUCAGCUAAAUCUUCUCGACAGACAUAUUCCUUUGUACAUACCAAAUAACAUGAACAAUAUAAUGCAGCCUACACUUAUGGGCCCUACACAUUUAACGAGGUGCCGCCGAGAUGCCCGACGGCCGAUACGGCCGACGGGCGACCCGGCGGCGGGGGGGCAGUGACGGGGGGAGUGAAGUUUCUUCACUCCCCCCGUCACCCGGCUCCGUAGACUUGCAGGCAAAUAUGGACGAUCUCGUCCAUAUUGGCCUGCAUGCACAGCCGACAUGUCCCCAGCGAUGAACGAGCGCGGGGCCGCGCAUCGUUCUUCGCUGGUGACUCCACACUGCACGAUAUGAACGUUAUCUCGUUCAUAUCGUGCAGAAAGAUCGGCAUGUGUGUAGGGCCUAUUAAUGUUACUUAAUACAAUUUUUUUGUAUUUUGUGGGAAUAUGUGUCCAUAUCUAAUACUAUGCCAUGUUGCCCCUAGUAACCCAAGUUCCUAAUUUUUUUGUUUUUUUUUAUAUGGCCACUUAAGUGUUGUGCAAGGCAUACAUGUUUUAUAUUUUAAUAUGCAAUGUUUGUAUGAAUAUUCUGAUUGUUCCCUUGUUCCAGAAAUGUCAAUAUGCCAUGUUAAAGUUUACAGGGCACAGUUUUCCAUAGUGCAUAACCUUUAAUAAAACACACAAACAA